AUGGCUUCCCAGAAAGAGGAGGGGUGUGGAGUCCCCGCUAGCAGUCGUGGCUCCUGGUCGUCGUUCUUGAAGUCAAUCGCUUCAUUCAACGGUGACCUCUCCUCCCUCACCGCUCCCCCCUUUAUUCUCUCCUCCACCUCCCUCACCGAAUACUCUGCCUACUGGGCCGAACAUCCCAGGCUAUUUGUUGCUCCAGCCAAGGAACCUGAUCCUCAGAAACGGGCUCUCCUGGUGCUAAAAUGGUUCCUUAGCACCCUCCACCAGCAAUAUUGCACCCGCAGCGAGAAGUUGGGCACCGAGAAGAAACCAUUGAACCCUUUCCUGGGCGAGCUGUUUCUGGGGAGGUGGGAGGAUGAUGGCGAUGUUGGAGAGACGCGGCUUAUUAGUGAGCAAGUGAGCCAUCACCCUCCUGUAACAGCCUAUUCAAUCGACAAUGAAAAGCACGGUGUCCAUCUCCAAGGAUACAACGCUCAAAAAGCUUCCUUCUCAAGCACGAUAAAUGUGAGGCAAAUCGGCCAUGCCAUCUACUCCCUAACGCCGCCAUCCACAGAAGACAACCCAUCCCCAGAACGGGAAACGUACCUUAUAACUCUACCCUCACUCCAUAUCGAAUCUCUGAUAUACGGAACCCCCUUCAUCGAGCUGAACAGAUACACCCAAAUCGUCAAUUCCACAGGCUACGUCUCCAAAAUCGAAUACUCAGGCAAGGGUUGGGUGAGCGGGAAGAAAAGCUCUUUCAGCGCCAUCCUGUACCAUGAGAGCGAAGGAGAAAAGAAGCCCCUCUACACCGUCGACGGCCAAUGGUCGAACACCUUCAUCAUCAAAAGCGCCCGCGGCAAGAAGCAAGAGAUAGACAGAUACUGCGCGAAGACGGAAAAGAAAACACCACUCACAAUCGCCCCGUUAGACAAACAGGACCUGUACGAAUCACGCAGGGCAUGGCUUGACGUUGCAAACGCAAUUGCCCGCGGAGACAUGGACGCGACCUCCGCCGCCAAAUCGAAGAUUGAAGUUGCCCAACGCCAAUUGCGCAAGAUUGAAAAAGAAGAGGGCCGGGAGUGGGAGAGGCGGUUCUUUAAGCGCAUUGAUCUCAAUAAGGACGACAAGGUGUUUCUCAAAUUGGCGGCCAAGUUGGGCUGGACAGAUGCGAACUGUAGUGGUAUCGAAAGUGAUAAGACGGGUGGUGUGUGGAGGUUUUCGCCUGAGGCGGCCAAGAAUGCGACCCCGCCUUAUCAUAGGGAAGGAGGACGCGGGCUUGGGAUAGUGGCAGCGGACGAUGACUCCACCUUGGAGGCUGUGGGGACGUGUGGAGCUGAUGCUGCGAGCAAGGUGGGUGAGGACUAG